UUGGGGGAGGAGGGAGUAACACUCUUAAUUGUAGAAAAAUGGCUGAAAAGACUGAGAGAAUUAUAUCAGUAGGAUACGCACUUCCAUCAAAGAAAGUACACACUUUCAUCCUACCAUCACUCAUUACCCACGCUCAAAAACAUGGCAUUCAUUUCAUCCCGAUCAAUCUUCAUCAUUCUCUUCUUCAGCAAGGUCCUUUCGAUUGCAUCAUUCACAAGAUUUACGAUGACGAUUGGAAUAAUCAACUACUCGAAUUCGCAUCUAUAAACCCUAAUAUUCCCAUUAUUGAUUCUCCUUUAGCUAUUCGACGCCUCCACAAUCGAAUUUCCAUGCUUGAUUUCAUCCCAGCCCUCAAUAUCCCUAAUUUUGGAAUUCCCAAUCAAAUUUUGCUGCAAGAACAAAACGAUGACCUAGAAACAUUGGGUUUAAAGUUUCCGGUGAUUGCCAAGCCUUUAAUUGCAAAUGGCAGUCCAAACUCUCAUCAAUUAUCUCUGGUUUUGAACUUAAAUGGGUUAAAUAAAAUGAAAGAGGAGCAGGUCUUAUUGCAAGAGUUUGUUAAUCAUGGAGGUGUUCUUUUUAAGGUUUAUGUUGCAGGAAAUCAUGUUAAAUGUGUUAAAAGGAAUUCUCUGCCUGAUUUUGAUGUUUCUCAAUUAUCAGAUUCACUACAACAAGGUAUUUUGCCAUUUUCUCAGAUUUCUAACUUGCCUGCUACUAAUACCAAUGAACAAGAAGAUGCUGUUUGUAUGCCGCCUUUGGAUUUUAUUCAUGAUUUGGGCCAUGUAUUGAGUCAAGCAACCCAGCUCCAGCUGUUUAAUUUUGACCUUAUUCGAGAUGUAUCCCAAACUAGUGGUAAUAGGUAUCUUGUCAUUGAUAUCAAUUACUUUCCCGGUUACGCCAAAGUGCCUGGAUUUGAAGCUAUGAUUACUGAUUUCAUUUUGGAUGUUGUUCAUCAUCAUACUGCUUCAACUACACAAAACAUGUAAUCUGAUCUAACAAGUUUGCAUGUGCACCUGAUGUGUUCUUGUAGACAGUACAUUAAUUUUUGUAUGGUUUUGUUUUCAAUUGCUCCUUGUCCUGUCAAUGUAUGUUAUGAUUUGACACUAUUUAUAUGAAUGCAUUGUGCUUAUUCCUG